GUGUAGAAACGGCUCACACUAGUUGCUCAACCGUAACAGUAAAGACCUGUGCGAAAGUUUGUUGCACAACCCGCACACACGAGUUCUCUCAAUCGCUGUGAUUUUAGUAACAUUACCCGUGUGCUCGAGCCUUUUUUUUAAUGGCAUCUUGUCCUCAGUGUACGAUUUCGUUCGAUGACAAUUACCAUGGCGUGUUUUUUGCCGGACAGACAAUCACUGGUACAGUUGACAUUGAUCUACCCAAGACAAAGAAAGUGAAAGGAGUUUUACUUAGAGUUACCGGUCUGGCAUGUGUCCUGUGGACGGAAACCUAUGGGACGGGUAUAACUGUUGCAUUCCAGGGAAGAGAAGAUUUCCUUAAGCAUACGAUAGAUUUUGUACGCUCUGAAACAGAUGAUCCCAUUGAAAUGGCACCAGGACGUCAGAUUUAUAAAUUUACUUUCCAACUGCCAACCACACUGCCAACGUCUUUCGAAGGCGAUUACGGUUACAUACGUUACACAGCUCGGGUUGUCUUUGAGCGUCCGUGGAAAUUCGAUCUUACUUACAAAAUCGCGUUUACCGUGGUAAAUCAGCUCAACCUCAACACCGUCACGCCACCGUUAAAUGUGGCCGUAGUUCAAGAACACAUAAAACACUUCUACUGCGGACCUUGUCGCUCAGAACCACUAAGCAUCAACGUGAUGCUUCCAAUGACGGGAUACGUACCCGGACAGUUCAUUCUCGUUACGGUCGACAUAUCCAAUCGAAGCAAUAAAUGCAUUGCAGAGGUGAAGCUCAAACUUCGCCGACAAGUACGAUACAGCAGUCAAACGCCGUACAAGCAGGUGCGCACUGUUUACAAUACCUUGGCCAAGUUUCAGUGCAGUGGUGUCGAUGCGAAAGGAUCAGCAGGAUACGAAAGACGAUUUCUAGUGCCACCAGAGCCUCCGACUCGUAGCGAUACAAUCAUUCGUCUCGAGUACUUUGUUGAAGUGACCGCAAAGGUUCCAGGAAUGGCCUACAGUCCCGAAGUACAGAUACCAAUUACAAUCGGAACGGUGCCGCUCGUCAACCUUAACCAAACACAGCACAGAGCAUCCAUCGUUGAGGCACAUAUGACGACUGCCUCUUCCUUAACGCAAAAGAUCUUUCACAGCAGUGUGCCGUCGCUAAUAAUUCCACACACAUUCGAAAAGUCAGCAGGUCGUAGCGAGGUAAACAUUCAAGACGAUGACGAGUCACCAUCGUUAGGAACCGUGCCCUUUUCACCUCGCUACCCUAUGUACCAUUUUGAUACAAAUAAUCAGCCUGCAAUGCACAGUGCAAAGCUGCCAACAAUUCACGCCCAACCUGCAAAAAACUACGGCGGUGAUAAAAUUCCUUCACACGAACAGCCCACCCGAAACAGAUAACAGGUCAAGUGGAUUAACAUUGAUAGUGUAGGGCUCUGCAGGAUGCCGUUUGGGUAAUCUGUGCAAGUGAUUUUUUUAUUACCUUAACAUAAAUUCCACUACUAACAAACGGUGCUAUCUUCAGUGUGAUGUACGUUAAGAGACACUUGUUCAAUUCUCCAGCUACUGUUCAUUUGACAACACGUGUUAGAUAAGAAAUAAAAAGGGUAAUAAAAUGGUAUAGGUUUGAUUCAAAGAUUCAA